CCUUUUACGUACUAAACCGGAUGCGGUUUGAACGUUUCGCUCCAGCCAAUCACGUACUCGGUUGAACAGCAGAUGGACGUGCGAUAGUUUACCCAACGCAGGCAUAUCGCACCAGCGUGCCGUUUGUCAAAGAAUAUUUUACCUGAUUUACUGUACAAAAGAUUAAGCGUUGUGAUCGCAGCUAAAACAUGUCUUCCAAUCAGCGAUCGACGCUGGAAGAAGGUCCAGAAGAAAACACCGAGCACGAAUAUGAGGCAUAUCUGUCUGAGGACAAUGAAUACGACAGUGGGGAAGAUACGGAAGAGGCUAGCGAGACGGAGUUAGGAUCGUCGAUGAACCAGCGCACGAUGGACGAACGAAUGGAGAUAAAAGAGCAGAUGUACCAGGACAAACUAGCCAACUUGAUGCAUCAGAUGGACCUUUUGAAGAUGGGAAAGCACCCCGAUUACCUGCGCCGCGUCGAGACACUAACGGUGGAACUAGAAGACCGUUUGAUGCUCAACGAAUUGCACCGAGACUACAUGCUCCAGUGCGCCGAACGAGAAUGUGCGAAUGAAAUUGCGGCAGCCGAAAAGGAGUUUGAGGAAAAGGCAGCGGAGCUUAAGGAGACGUUGAUUGCCGUCUGGGAGGAUCGGAAGAAGAUGGUCGAGCAAGAGCAUGCCACGAUGGAAUUGAGUGGCGACUCGAUCGAUGUUAAGCCAACCGUCUCACGAAAAUUGCGUCGUCGUCCGAACGAGCCGCUUCCGGUGCCAGAGAAGCGGCGCAAACCGUCCACCAGCCAGCUCGUUUUUCUGCUAGACGAAAAAGAGAUCGAACAUGAUCUAAAGCUCGUACUUCGUGGCAAACCUUCCUAUUCCGGGCGUUCGGAGCAGCACGGUAUAAACGAGGGUGCUUCGACCAGUAGCGGAGCAGGUCCAAGUGGAAUUAAUCCUUCCACGUCGGCGCACAGCUCGAGUGGAAACUCUGGCGGUUCGGGUUAUGCUAGUGGUCAACCGUGUUCCGAUCAGAACGGAGCUUCUACAUCAGAUGUGUACGCAAGCGGAUCUCAAACAAACCAAAGUUCCCAUACACAGCCAUCCAGCUCUCGAACACAGGCGCCUUCAUCCUUGCAGCAGCAGCAGCAGCAACCUUUGAGUGAGACACGCAUCGAGGAUGGUAAGCUGUGGUAUGAACGCCGUUGGUUUCACCGUGGUCAACCAGUAUAUGUCGAAGGAAAAGACAUUUCUCGAUUCUCGGGGAAUAUAUCAGCGAUUGGCGUCGAUGGCAUUUGCGUGAAGAAAACAUCAGACGGCCAAAAGGUGCGCAUCUUUCUUUCUCACCUACGCCGAGGAAAAGUUUCCAUCAAGCGACGUGCCAACUAAUUCAACGUGCAGC